GCACAGUAAUGGAGGAAGCGCAAACACAGGCCCAAUCGCAAGGGGAACAGCAGCAGAAGGAAUCACAGCAGCAGCAACAGCAGCAGGGCUUUGGUGCGUACAUUGCACUGGAGGAUAAUAAUGCUCCGCUGACGUUGGUGGAUGAACUAGCCUUCGAGAAGGAUGAUCCCGUGCAUGUUUGGAUACCGACGGUGACCAAACCACCGACUAGCACCGUGGCCGAAGGUGAAGGUGGGCCGCGCGUCGCCUGGUACAAGGCCACCAAUGCUCGCACCAAGCAGACGGGAUAUGUCCAGUUGAGCAAACUUUCGCCGCUUGAAAACAUCGACCCGGUCGUGUAUAGUUCCGGAGGUGCUCGGCAGUACCUGAGUACCGGUGCGUGCGUAUCCAUCGGGUGCGCCUGCGUUGCCGGUGGUCUGCAGCAACAGCAGCCGCAGUCGCUGUCACAACAGACCACGAUCUCUGACGCCUUUGGUGGAAUGCGGUUAGGUGGCAGUGGCACAACCACCAGUUCCACUACUCAGGGUACCACCGAUACGACAGCAACGGCCAAUGCGGAAGAGCUCUAUAUGAAGUGCGUUACGCCGGCGCCGGUGCUAAAAGAUCCAGCACUAAAAGAUGAAAUGGCUAGUAGAACCAGUAACAGAGCUCACGCGCCCGAGUUUGUUUAUUUCGUAACACCCAUUAUAUGUUUGUUUUGCCAAGACUACAUCUGGGGGCUUGGAAGGCAAGGUGGACAGUGUAGAAACUGUUCAGCGUGUUUCCACGUCAAUUGUCUACCGAUGGCCUUGUACAGGCCGUGCCAAAGAAAUUCGGACAUGUACCAGAACAUACCGAACACUUUUAGAACGGAAAAGUCAAUUAACGAAUGGACAACGGAAAAUGUGCUAGAAUGGAUGACCGCCGUUAAUAUGUAUGACCACGUGGAGGUAUUCAAAACGAAAGCUAUCAAAGGCUGUGAUUUACCGAAUUUGGAUCGUGAUAAGCUUGAACAAAUGGGUAUUAAGAAUGAUUUCCAUCAGCAUACUAUCCUGACGACGAUCAGACAACUUCUGACGAGUGCAGACAUGACUGCAGCGGCAGAACUGCCGAUACUUUCUGCUUCGGCCCACACGGCGGUAAACCUGUCGGCAGCCGCUGGGCCCGAUCAGUACAACGGACAUAAGCUGAUGAAUGGUUCAUUUUCGAAACAGCAAAAAUGUGAUAUGUGCAAGAACUACCUGCUGGGACUGGUCCACCAGGGACUGUUCUGCACCCAGUGCCGUUUGGUCGUGCACCGGCAGUGCUCGGUGAUGGGCCUAAGGCCAUGCACUGCUGCCGAUCGUAGUGGCACACAGCAGCAACAGAAUCAGCAGUCCCAACAGUUGACUUCCACGCCAACUACGUACAUUCUCGGGGGAGCCUAUCGGCAGGAGCAUCAGCACAUAUUUGGCAAGAGUCUCUGCUUGCUGUUUGACGCGCAGCAGCAGGCUGCUCCACAAAUUGUGGUCGAUCUCUGCACAAGUCUGGAGAAGAAAGCGGUAAUGGACAAGGCCCUUGACCUGUACGUGGUUUACCGUACCACCCCAGUGCGAUACGACGAGGUAAACAAGCUGCGGGAUGCACUCAACGAGAAUCUGCUCAACAUCGAUCUGAACGGCUACACGCCCGAGUGUGUGGCAACGGUGCUGAAGAAGUUUUUCCACGAGCUGCCCGAUCCACUCAUACCGGUUACACUGUACCAGUCGUUUAUCGAUGCUUCGAUGCUCGAUGAUCAGCAGGCGGUUGAGCGGAUGAAGGCGAUCAUACAGGACAUGGCACCACAUCACAACAAAACGUUGCAAUACUUCAUGCGGCAUCUGAUCCGUAUCUGCCGGCUGCAGUUUAUGCGCGGAAACAAGCAACAGCCAACGAUGCUGUUGCAAAACUGGUGCCAUAUUUUGAUGCGCCCGGCGUGGGAGAGGAUUGUGCUUUUCGUGAGCAACAUUAAGAACCAUUUGCGGGUAUUGGAAAUUCUUAUGUACAAACUGGAUUGGAACGAAGCGUUGCCUGAGUUCCUAUCCAUACCAGCCGUUCCACCGAGAAAGACAUCCCGCACGGGAGGCCCCGGUACCGGCACCGGAACCGGUGGCGGAAUGGCGAAAAAAUCCAUCAUAGCAUCACCGGAGGGCGGAUCAUCGGUGGGAGCACCGAUAAUCGAGAUCGAUUACAGCCGCAGUACCACGCAACAGCCCGGAGCAGUAGGAACAGCAGGUUCAGGAGUUGUUGGUGGAGGAAUGCUACUGACCGGAGGCGCACCACUGGUCACCGAUCCGGACACACCGCAGGAGCUGCGGGACGCCGAAUGGUACUGGGGUAAGAUAUCGCGCGAUGUGGCAAAGGAAAAGAUGAUGGAUGCACAAGACGGUUCGUUCCUGGUGCGUGACGCAAUCAACGAUGCGGGCGAGUAUACGCUCGUGCUGAAGAAGGACGGUACGGAUCGUCCGAUCAAGAUUUACCACAAAAACGGCAAGUACGGGUUCACGCAGGACUGUACGUUCGAAAGUUUGGUCGGCAUGAUAAAUGAGUUCCGAACGACCACGCUCAAGGAGUACAAUACCAUCCUGGACAUUAGUUUGCUGUAUCCGAUAUCGCGGUUCGAGGACGAAAGCCUUUACCCAACGGCUUCCGACAUUCAUCAGCUGGCGCAAAACUUUUACGAAACGGUACAGAAGCUAACCGAUCUGCAGAAUAUGCGCGAAUCGACGCUGGAAGCGUUCAACCAGACGCAAUCGCACGUCGAGCUGCGGAAGCAAGCGCAGGAAGCGUUCAUCGAGGCGGACAAACUGUUCAACGAUCAGCUGCAAACGCAGGCCCGGUACGAAACGGAAGCACAACCGCACGAAAAGCGCAGCCUGGCACAGAACCGAUCGCUGAUCGAGAGCCGGCUGGAAGAGUUGCGCAAAUGCAAAAAGAAUCUGGACGAGGAUAUGGAGCGGGAACGGGAACGGAUGCGAGAGUUACAGCGCGAAGCGAUGAAGCUGAAGCCGGAAAUUUUGAACCUUAGCAAACAGAAGGAUCAAUAUCUGGAGGCACUGAAACGGCAAGCGAUUACGGACGCACAGAUUAAACAGAUUCUGAAGGAUGGUUACCUGUCCGCGACGAAUCCGGACUCGACGCAGGAUUUGCCGCACCUGGAUGAAACGACCUGGUUGCGGGAACGGUACACCCGCCAGGAUGCGGAGAAAAAGUUGGCCAACAAACCGACCGGUACGUUCCUGAUACGGGCACGCAAUGCCGGCCACUAUGCGCUGUCGAUUGCGUGCGAUGGCCGGGUGAACCAUUGCAUCAUACAUCAAACGGAGCGUGGGUAUGGGUUUGCGGAACCAUACUUUAUCUACGAUUCGCUAAAAUCGCUCGUAGUACAUUAUGCGACCAAUUCGCUUGAGGAGCACAACGAUUUGCUGCAGACUACACUAAAGUAUCCGGCGUUCGCACCAAACAUACCGACGAGCGGCGGUGGUGGCAGCGGAAGUGGCGGAAGUGGGGGAAGUGGUGGAGGCAGUGUACAAACGGGAGGUUCAUCGUCAUCAGCGUCCUCCUCCACUCGGCAACAAACACAACAGGGACAGGCAUGGCCUGGGAUGACUUCAUUUGCCGCCUAA